AUGUUAUGCCAUUAUACGCAUGAGAUAGGAACCGGCGAGAAGUAUCACUUCUACGGUCCUUCGUGGGCUUUAUAUGUCUGGACAUUGGAGCGCGUCCCGGGCUUCGGACACAUGGUCGCAGCAUCUAGCGGUGAUCCGACAGCGCACCCUCGGUGUUUGAGAUGGACUUUCAGGGGUAAGCCCCGGCUUCACGGUCUGCGCGAUCUAUUCGAGGGACAGGGUGGUGUCCUGCCCCUGGAGCCCGAUGGUGACGAUCUGUCGAAUCACUACUUCAUAUCAGCGCUGACACCGGGCGAACUCUCGGUGAGCUUCAGGCCCCCCGACAACCCAUUAGCUCGGGGUGUCCAAUUUCCACAGCAGACCGGAGCCCGUGUUGUGGAGGAGCGCGGGGACGAGGAGGAUGUACCUAGUCAACCUCGUAUGACUCGCAGUCACAGUGUUCGGGGCCCUGUGAGGGAUGCUCGACCCCACGAGCCGGCUCAUCAUUCAGUAGAUCCGGGCAAGCGCCUUCUCUUGCUGUGUCCUUCUUCAUGGCAGAUGCUGCACUUCUUUGGUUUACGACGCCUGAUACUAGAAGACUCAUCGGCUUGUGUGCUGGUGCCUUCACCACCACCUCGAUGUCUACCUUCUUUUGGGCGCCCCGCUUGA